AUGAGUCAAACUAAUACAUCUGGGGUCUACGACAUGAUCACGUCGAUUCCUCCGAUUGAAUCUAUUUUCUACGGAAUUGCUCUGUCCUUGCUUUCAGUCCUCACGCUUACGGGAAACAGCCUCGUCUGUCUAGCAGUUUGGCGAUUUAGGAAUUUACGAAGCCUGACAAACUAUUUGGUGUGUAGUCUGGCCUGCGCCGACCUGUUGGUUCCACUUCUACGAGUGAUCUACAUUAUGAUCUCAGUGUUUUCAGGUGAAUGGAUUUUCGGCGAAAUAUGGUGCAGCAUUUCUUCAAUGUGUGGUGUACUUUUAUGCGGUGCGUCCAUUCUUCACCUCUGCGCGAUUAGCAUCGAGCGACUGAUUGCCAUAAAAUGGCCUUUGUCGUACGAUAUUAAAGUUACUCCAAAAAGAAUCAUCAUGUUACUAAUCUACAUAUGGCUACAGUCGUUUUUACUUUCUGUGUUCCCAGCCUUGGGACUUGUAGACCAUCGUUUCAACAAAGUCAUGUCUGAAUGCGAAAUACACUGGCUGAAACAUCCAACUUUGGUAAUUCUGCUUAUCGUGUUCUACUUCCUUCUUCCUGUGACAACAAUGUUGGUUGCUUAUGCGUUCAUCUUUAAGGAAGUUCGACGAAAUUCUCGACGCAUUUCUGCAAUCGAGUGCAGUGGGACUCAGUGUUCAAAGAAUAAGCUUAAAAGGGAAAUGAAAGCUGCGAAAACUCUAGCUGUUGUUGUCGGUGUGUUUUUUAUUACGUGGACGCCUUAUUUCGUAGUCACCACUAUACGCGCUUUUCAAGGAGACAGG